GCAAAACAUACGAAGUAAAAGAUUUAUCAGAUUAUCAAGCGAUACAUAGCCUUGACGGACAACGUAAUAAGCUGGCAGUGCAAUAGCAUUCGGGACUUGAUUAUCAGUACCUGAUCAUUUUCCGAAAUACUUCGAAUUUAAAAAAAUACACAAGUCAUAAAGGACAUAGAUCAAGAACAAAAUAUAAACCGCAACACCAACGCAAUACAUCAGGAAAUCACUCAGCCAUGUAUCAAGUGCAUAGAUCGUUCCACAUUGCUGACUAUGUCAUAUUCUCCUUAGUUCUGGUUAUAUCCGCCAUCAUUGGAGUCUACCAUGCUUGCACCGGUGGAAAGCAGAGGACAAAUAAGGAGUUCUUUAUGGCAAACAGAUCAUUGCCAGUAAUCCCCGUCGCAAUAUCUAUAUUGGUUACCUUAACUUCAGCUGUUUUAAUAUUAGGUGUAACGGCUGAGGUGUAUACUAGAGGCACUAUGUACUUCAUGGCAUUCUUUGGAAUAUCACUUGCCUGUGUGGUGUCUACAGUAACCUUUGUGCCUCUGCUGUACCCUUUGAAAU